CACCGGGUGCUGCACAUGCGCAGUGGUGAAGCGCGAGGCGCCACCCGCCGGGUCCGGGGAUCAUGGCGGAGGCCGCUUGCCCCGAGCAGGAGCCGGAAGUGCUGCGACUCAAGCGCCUGCGCGGCGGGGGCUUCUUCCCGGUGCCCCCCGGGGACAGGCUGGGAAGGUGCCGGAGCGUGAAGGAGUUUGAGAAGCUGAAUCGAAUUGGGGAAGGGACCUAUGGCAUCGUGUGUACUGACCACAUGGUGUGUGUUACUGUUUCAGACCGUGCUCGAGAUACCCAGACAGAUGAGAUUGUGGCACUAAAGAAGGUGCGGAUGGACAAGGAGAAAGAUGGAAUCCCCAUCAGCAGCCUGCGGGAGAUCACCCUGCUUCUGAAGCUUCGGCACCCCAAUAUCGUGGAGUUGAAGGAGGUUGUCGUAGGGAACCAUCUGGAGAGUAUUUUCCUGGUGAUGGGUUACUGUGAACAGGAUCUCGCCAGCCUUCUCGAGAACAUGCAGACGCCCUUUUCUGAGGCUCAGGUGAAGUGUAUCAUCUUACAAGUACUCAAGGGCCUUCAGUAUCUUCACGAGAACUUCAUCAUCCAUAGGGAUCUGAAGGUGUCUAAUCUGCUCAUGACGGAUAAAGGCUGCGUGAAGAUAGCGGAUUUUGGGCUGGCUCGUGCUCACGGAGUGCCACUAAAACCAAUGACCCCUAAAGUCGUCACCCUCUGGUACCGGGCCCCAGAGCUGCUGCUGGGAACGACGACCCAGACCACGGGCAUAGAUAUGUGGGCAGUGGGAUGUAUCCUCGCGGAAUUGCUGGCCCACAAGCCGUUACUCCCAGGCAGCUCAGAGAUCCACCAGAUUGACCUCAUCGUGCAGCUGCUGGGGACGCCCAAUGAAAACAUCUGGCCAGGCUUUUCCAAGCUGCCCCUAGUGAGCCAGUACACCCUGCGGAAGCAGCCCUACAACAACCUCAAGCACAAGUUCCCGUGGCUGUCGGAGGCUGGGCUUCGCCUGCUCAACUUCCUCUUCAUGUAUGACCCCAAGAAGAGGGCGACAGCAGGAGACUGCCUGGAGAGCUCCUACUUCAAAGAAAAGCCCUUGCCCUGUGAACCGGAGCUCAUGCCCACCUUCCCCCACCACCGCAACAAGCGAGCCGCUCCUGCCAGUGCCGGGGCGGAGGGCCAGGGCAAGCGCGGCAAGCCCUGAGGCUGCACGUUCUGCCAGGUUUGGACAAAGAUGCGGAUAGAGGGAACAUCCAAAACAGAGGAUGAGAAGGCGCUGGGAGCUGAAGGAUUCGUAACUACCUGCUAUCGGACCCAAGGCAGACGCAGUACAAGCUCCUCUUGACCUGUCGAUAUUCUCAGGGUGGUCCAGCGCUGGCGAGGACGACAGUACCUCGAACUUCCACUCAAAUGCAGCUGCUGGAGACACGCUCGAGGGCUGUGGAUUGUUCUAUCAUCUUUGCACCAAGAGAGCAGUCAGAGCAAACUUAGUAUCUAUCCUGGGUCCCUCUCCCCCCAGUGCCAGUCGCAUCCUUCAUGGCGGCUGGCCCAUCACCAGCCCCUGGGCUUGGAUCCUUCUAGCUGGCAGAAGCUCCAGGGAAAGGGCAGUGUGGGAACACCUUCCUAUGGGCUGAAAGGAGCCUUGAACCCUAGGUGGGCAGCCAGGGGCAAGAGGUGCCGGCCGCCCCUGAAUGGCUGCUGGGUUUGUUACAAGCUGCACUGCAGACCUAGCCCAGCUCACUGUUGAUAGAAAAGUCCCUUGGUUCUUUGUUCCUCAUUGUGGUUCAUGUGAUCCUGCCCUCAAUAAAAUGUCGUGUUAGUGUCAGCUGUAA